UCGAUAAUAGUUCAGCUGUUAUGUUCACCCAUAUGACCUCGGGUUAUUUUCUCUUAAUUGCCCGGGGAAGAGGGGAGGCAAGAAUAUUUACUUUGCAACUAACUAUUGCCUACUGACACGCGCGUGCACGCGGGCUCGGGCACGCGUGGUUGCGGCCGAGCUGCAUUUCAGGUUGUUGCCCCGUGUGCUGAGAGAGUUGAAACAUGGCAGACACAAGUUCAUCUCCACUCAAGCACUUUGUACAAGCUAAGAAGAAGAUUAAUACCAUAUUUGAACAACUGUUGGAAUAUGUUAAUGAAGGUGCAAGGUUUAUUGAAGCGUCUCGUCAGAAUGAAGGCCUGGAGAAGAUAACAACACAGCAACAGUUGUCGGAGAUAGAAAUAUUUGCUUCCAAAGUGGCUGGAAUCCGCGAGGUGCUGGCACGUCGGCACAUGAAAGUAGCCUUUUUUGGAAGAACAAGCAAUGGAAAGAGUACUGUGAUCAACGCAAUGUUAUGGGACAAGGUACUGCCCAGUGGCAUUGGACAUACGACCAACUGCUUCCUGAGUGUGGAAGGAACAGAUGGAGAUAAAGCCUAUUUGAUGACUGAAGACUCUGAGGAAAAGAAGAACGUGAAAACUGUGAACCAGCUGGCACAUGCUUUACACCAGAAUGAGUACUUGGACGCUGGAUGUCUAGUCCGUGUGUUUUGGCCAAAAUCGAAAUGUGCUCUUCUUCGGGAUGACUUGGUAUUAAUGGACAGCCCUGGUACAGAUGUAACCACUGAGUUGGAUACCUGGAUUGACAAAUUCUGCCUGGAUGCUGAUGUCUUUGUGUUAGUCGCGAAUUCAGAAUCAACACUAAUGCAAACGGAGAAACAGUUUUUUCAUAAAGUUAAUGAACGACUUUCCAAGCCAAAUAUUUUCAUCCUGAAUAAUCGUUGGGAUGCUUCUGCUUCUGAGCCAGAGUACAUGGAUGAGGUACGGCAGCAGCAUACUGAUCGUUGUGUAAACUUCCUGGUGGCUGAACUUGGGGUAAUGGACUAUGCACAGGCUGAGAAACGGAUCUUCUUCAUUUCUGCCAAGGAGGCUGUAAACGCCAGGAUUCACAAAGCUCAAGGGAUGCCAGAAGGGGGUGGUGCGUUGGCAGAUGGAUUCCAGGCUAGGCUUUUUGAAUUUCAAAAUUUUGAACGACAAUUCGAGGAAUGCAUCUCGCAGUCAGCAGUGAAAACAAAAUUUGAACAGCACACGAUCAGAGCUAAACAGAUCAUUGACACUGUGAAACAAAUCAUGGACGCCAUCAAUAUCGUUGCGGCAGAGAAGAGAGUGGUUUCACUGGAGGAACGCGAGGACCACCUCGACCGGCUGGAGUUUGUACGCAGUAAACUGACGUCCCUCUCAGAGGGUUGUAAGAGAAAAAUCAAAAUGGUGACAGAAGAAGUAGAAGUGAAGGUUUCGGCUGCAAUGACGGAUGAAAUCUGCCGCCUCUCUGUAUUGGUCGAUGAGUUUCGGGGCGACUUCCACUCUUCUCCUUCAGUCGUGAAGUUUUAUAAAAACGACCUGCACAAACACAUCGAGGAUGGACUGGGGAGGAAUCUGGCUGAUCGCUGCUCCAGCGCAGUGCUUGCAGCGCUGCAGACUGCACAGUUGCAAAUGAUAGGAAAUCUGAAAACGCUGCUUCCAGUGAAUGUCCAGAAUCAAGUCAGUGAACUGCUACCCUAUCACAAGUUUGAUCUCAGUUACGAUCUGAAUUGCGACAAGAUCUGUGCAGAUUUUCAGGAAAACAUUGAGUUCCAAUUCUCUCUUGGCUGGACGUCACUGGUCAGUCGGUUCCUGGGACCCAAGAAUGCCCGCCAAGCCCUGCUGGGACUGGCUGACCCCACUUCCCAGUUCCUUCGGCCGUUCCCAGUGACGCCGACCACAGCCAGCGUUCCAGCACAUGGACAGGAAAACGUGGCUCAGGAAGAAAUGAUGAUCUCCUUGGUGACGGGGCUGGCCUCUCUCACGUCGCGGACGUCAGUAGGCGUUGUCGUCGUUGGAGGAGUGAUUUUCCGGGCUGUGGGCUGGAGGCUCAUAGCUGUGGCUCUCAGUCUCUACAGCUUAUUGUACAUGUACGAACGACUGACGUGGACAACAAAGGCAAAGGAGAGGACGUUCAAGCGGCAGUUUGUAGACUACGCCACGGAGAAGCUGCAGAUGGUGGUCAGCUUCACCAGCGCUAAUUGUAGUCAUCAAGUCAGUCAGGAAAUGAGCAGCACAUUUGCUCGACUCUGCCAGCAGGUGGACAUCACCGAGAAAAACUUAGAAGAACAAAUCUCCAAACUCAACAAAAAAAUUGAACUCCUUGAAUCCACACAAAACCGAUCAAAGCUUCUGAGAAACAAGGCAACGUGGCUAGAAAAUGAAUUGGACGUAUUUACGAAGCAGUACCUGCAGCCGAGCCGCUGAUUGCGAGCCAGCGGUAGAAUUUAUGUUUGUUCCAUGACCUCACCGACGGCAAUUGUCACCACUGCUGCCCCAGUACUAUGUGGAACAAUACAAACUUUGUCCCUUUAUCUACAGUAAUGACUUUUCACGACCCUAUUGAGCAGCCUGUAAAGAUGCUUAUUUUUUUUUUUGUAAAACAAGUGAGAUGUUGAAAAAGUAGUCACUGCUGGAUGGGGUGACCAAUCCCAUGUGAUGAGGCACUUUUCAAUUCUAUAUAACGUCAGAAUCAGUUUAAUUAAACAAAUUAAUUUUUAUAGUUUCAAACAUUGGCAGUUACACUGGGGGGAAAAAAAAGUAUUGCGUAUAGGAUGUUUAAGAAAGAACUGCAGAUGCUGGGGGAAAAAAAACUCAAAGGUAGACAAAAAUGCUGGAGAA